CGACAGAACGCUCGCGGAGCGCGUACCGCGGUGCAAUCAUUGUCGUGCGCUUCGAAUUGGUAUCUCGAGUUUACCUCGAACUCCGUUGAAUUAUCUUCGAGGAACGUUACACCUUUACGUUACAUUAUGCCUUUUCGAACAUUCGAGGAACACUUCGUGUGAAAUGCGCGAGGCGAUUUUUUUACGCGAGACCCUAUAUACCGAAAUGCGCGCCGGAAGUCCCUCCUCGUGCAUUCUGUCGACGCAACGCGAUUGUGACUGGUGGUAAAUUCCGUUCGUGUGCUGUGACCGUCGCGCGUAAAUUGCUGUCUGAUUCAAGACGCAGUGAACUUGGAUGAUCUCGAUGCCGCACAUUCGUCAACUUUGAAUGUUUGGCGCGUAUUGACGCGCGGGCUAUCGCGAGUGCGCAGGUCGCUCAGCUGCGAAUUUAACUAAAAUAAGAACCAGGAGGAAUGUUGAAGCACGUGUCGAUCUCGCCGUGGAGAGGGCGGGCGGACAGCGUGAGCCUCUCUUCCAGCGGCGGCGCGAGUAGCUGCGGAAGCGGAAGUCCUACCCCUGGUCACACACCGCCGCCCUCGAGAGCGUCCUCAUGCGCGUCGCUAGCACCCUUAACCGCCCUGUCGAGCUUCUCCCCGGCUGAUACCGCGCCACAACAGACCACCAUCAAGGUCUACGCCAAUUGCCUGCGACCGGACAUCGAGUACAAGACCCUGAGCAUCACCUACGAGACGACUUGUCGCGAGGUCGUGCAGAACCUUCUGAACAAGUAUCGCAUGAGACACCGCGACCCCCGGUUGUUUUAUCUGACCAUGGAGGUGACCGUGAGGAGGGCCAAUGUGCGUACCGUCCUGCCGCUCGACGAGGACGCGCGGCCGGCCGUCCUGCAGUCCUGCCAUCCUCGCGGCGAUUCCAAGUUUUCGUUGCAGACACACCGUGGCGGGCUUGUCAAAAUAUACGACAGCGCACUUAUGUCCGGGUCUAAGUACAAAAGCCUUCUGGUCUCGGAGCAGACCACCGUAGACGAGCUGAUCCAAAUGCUGCUGAGUUGCUAUAGCUCCAAAGAACCGGUGGAGCAAUUCUCUCUCUACGAGGUCUGCGAAGGUGAAGAGUACCAAAGGAAAUUACACCCCGACGAUUCCCCCCUCAAGGUCACACAACGGUGGACCAGCGCGGAUCGACAUCUUCGCAUUAGGCGUAAUCCAGAUUAUAACCAGCAUAGGCGGAGGAGUAUGUGGGCGUCGGAUUCAAGCAUCACCAUGGCGAUGUCGAGGCUGAAUCUCCAUGACAGUCUUCCUAUCCACUACAAUCCGAGAAUCGAAAACAACAAUCACUUGAGCCUACAUCAUCUAGCCGGAAAAACUAGCGUUAUCGCUAACAACAACAAUAAUAAUAACAACAGCAGCAACAAUAAUAUCAUUCAUGGGGGUCAGCAUCACUCGUCGUCGUUAGGUUCCAUCAGUCAAACCCCAUCGCGAAUCUUCGUAUCUCGCGGAACGGAUCUUCCGCAGGUGCAGCUGCCGCGGUUGCAGCAAUUCCCACAGAGCGUUCCAUCGACGCCGCGCUCGACGAAACACGUGACUGCUUCCUCCUACGCCGAUUACGAGAAUUAUCUCUUUAUAUAAGAUCGAAUCGUUAACCGCGCUUGUGUAAACGCGAUCAAAAUCGAUAUAGAAGCUGCGUCGUCGAUCGCAAAAGUUCACCCCGCGAAACGGUCAGAGUUACCAGAGACUCGUCGAAGAUACGAGAAACGUACAUUGCGACUGUCCGAGCGUCUUUGUCUUUGUAUGUAAUAUUUAGAUCGUCGAAUACUAAGAGCACUAUGAGGCGCGAGCAAACGUGUACCUUCGAUUUUUAUUAAAAAAGGUAGCUUGCCUUCUUUUGUUGCAGAGACAUAGAUUUAGGCUGUAUUCCAAAAUUCACUAUCAGUGCUGAAAAUUUAUAAUGCAUUAACAUAAGCUAUAGAUUUUCAAACUACAUAAAUUGUUAGAAUGCCGUAAGCGGUCUUGGAAGCAGAUCUUGGUGCUUAAUAAUAAUUGUGUGAAUCUUUUUUACAAUUUUAAGUAAACCGCGCGCGAAUAUUUGUCGAUCUUCAAACACAGCUCUAAACUGAAUCUGGACUACAUAAUAUCACAAAUUAAAUUAACAAUUAAAUAAUUUUGAUGCCAAUGCAUUUUAUAACAUUCUGCAGAAUAGCUUGUUGCGAAAAAUAUUAUCUCAAUCUGGAUAUGAACCUGGACCUCUCUAUUUUCCGGACGGGCGUUUUACCGUUCUACUGAGGCAUGUGACAAUAUUUAUCGUAAUAACUGGUAAAUAAGAAAAGAAACGUCAUUUUUCAGACGUAUAAUAAACAUUAAUAUGAAAUCGAAUCGAGAUCAUGAAAGUUCAAACUAGUUAUAGAUUAUCAGUACUGGCAGUGAAUUGUGGAACACAUCUUUAAACUACCGUUGUUCUCACUUGUUUUGAUUAAUUUUGCUAUAGUUUGAUGAAGCUCAUUAAAGGAAUAUCAAAGAAUAAUUAUUUUCGGCAGCGUUGCAAUAUUUGAUUAAAAUUUUAGAAAUUUCUGAAACAUUAAAUAUUUUGAUAAAUAUUGGAUGUUUCCUAUAAAAGUUCAAGAAAAUGAUUAAAUUGCAAUUGUUUAAAUGCUCGUUUGCCACUUGUAUUUCAGCUGAUCAAAGGCUGAUAAUAUUGAACAAAGAGAAUUUACGAUAUUAGUUAUAGUAGUGUGAGGGAAAUUGUACCAAAGGUAGACGUACACAAUUUUAGAUACAUAUAGUAUAUAUACAUAUACACAUAAAUAUGUCUUGCAUUCGUAAAAAUGUGUAGAGUUAACCAAAUCUGAAAUACGAUUUCGAUAAUUUUUAUAAACAUUUAUUUUACGUUCAAACAAGAAAAAUAUCAAGUCAAUACCUUGAUAAUAAAUUGCUUUAUUGUAUAUUUUCUAUAACGUUAGCCGAUAAGUAACUUCAGUAAAAAAAAAACCGUGAUUCGAAAAUAAAGGCUUGCGUGGAGCAAUUUAAAUUUUUACGCACAAAAGAUGAUUAAGAAGGAAAGAAAAUAUUAAUAUUUAUUUAUGUAAUGUAAAAAGUAUGUAAAAGGCAUUUAGUUAAGCUCGUUUAAAAAAGGUUUUAAAUUAUUAAUACUUUUCUAUCUACUCAAAAUUUCGUGCAAUCCGAUAUCCAGACAGGAUACCGGACGUGUUAUAAACAUUACGGAAAAUAUUUAAGUAACAAUGAGUAACAGUAAGUCGCUGUUAUCUCGAUUAGAAUUCUCGCGAGAAAUUGUAAUAACCACUUUCAAUAUACGUAUAAUACAUUUAUCGUUCCUCCUGCAAUCGCUUACGAAACAGUGAUUACAGAAACGUAAUUUGCAGUACGUCAGAGGAAUUGGCCUACGAUAAUUGUAAACACAUUUCUUCCGCUAUCGCAAAAGGCAAACAAUUUUAUCGCAUUGAAUUAACAUUUAAAAUCAUUUGGAAUGCUAUAAAAGUCACUGUGCGACAAUGGUGAUUCACGCGACUUCAUCGUAAUUCCUUCCCAUAUACGGAGGAAUAUUUUUUUCACCGAAGUGCGUUUAAUAUUUUAUUACCAAAGAGCUUCUCGAUACGAUACGUAUAUAAAAGGAUAGAAUAACACAACGCAUGUGUCGAAUAAGGCAGCCGAAUGUGCAUUUAUCUAUUGGAGUCUUUGAUAUGUACGUCAACGUAACGAUGUGUGUGUCGACAUGAUUUCACGUCAAACUUUUAUAUGUCGAAUUAAUGUACCUACGUAAAAAAAAAAGUGUAAAUAUCUUUUUGUAUUGUCCGUUUAUACUUUAUAAGAGAGAAUACGAAUAAUGAUUCAUGUGUCCUAAAUUA